GGUUGCUUGUCCAGUUUGCUCAGAAUGGUAUCCUAAAGAGUAUGUUGAAAUACAUGCAAGCUGUUGUGGUGAAAGCCUUGUUGGGGAAUUUGAAAAGGAGAUUGAAUGGGAGGGUGCUGACAAAAACAAGGAAAAGACAAGGGAGGAGAAACCAUGUAGAAGCUUAUCCGACAUAAUCACACAGCUUGCUGACAAGGUGGACAGCACAUCUGCAUUUAACAUCAGUGUUACGAGAGGCGAACUGUUUGAGAGGGGCAUGUUACAAUGGAAACGGCAAAAAAAAAUAUUCUCCAAAGAAUACACUUAGUGUUAAUUUCCUAGGAGAGUAUGGGAUUGACAAUGGAGCUCUCCGAAAAGAAUUCCUAACUGAAAUGCUGAAAGGAAUUGAGGCUCAGCUCUUUGAAGGAGGAGACAAUGGAAAAACCCCGAAGUACUCCAUUACUGACUAUCAGAAAGAUCACUACAAGACUUGUGGGGAGAUCUUCGCAGUGAGUGUAGCACAAGGGGGCCCCGCACCGAAUAAAAAAAAAAAUGGUGCUAUGACUACAUCUGCACAGGAACAAGACAAGAAUGAAAUGUCCAAAGACAAUGUCACCGAUCCAGAACUCAUAGAGCUUCCUGAACAGGUUGAUGCUGCAGGCACAGAUACAAUAGCAGACCUGUCUGACAGAAUUUUAGCAAGCGGGUAUACUGGACCCAUUAUCCAUGAGUGGAAGAAGGCCAUUACAGAUGCCAUCGUUCUGCACUCAGCAGUCCGGAUAAUUCCAAUGUUACAGCAGGUCUGUGAUGGGUUGAAGCUGUAUAGCUUCCAUGACUUACUCAGAGAACACAGUGAGACCUGCCAGCAGCUCUUUGUACCUGGACACUUGCAAAAGGUUGACGCGGAAUUCCUAGAGCUUGCCAUGACUCCAAUAUUCAGUGAGGAAGGAUCACUAAGACGCCACAGGGAGUGCCGCAUCAUCAACUUUUUGCAGGACUUUAUUCAAAAGUUGGAGGAUGAAGAAGAACUUGCUGCUGCAGAAAAACAGGGAAUGUGCAACAGAAGUGCUGAUUUUAUCACCAUAUGCAAAUUAUUUCAGUGGCUAACAGGCCAAGCACACAUCCCACUGAUUGAAACUCAGAGAAAGGAGUUUAAAAUCCGCAUUGAGUUUGACCACGACGGUGAUGCACGUUAUGGCGAUCACAUAAUUUGUUAUCCAGUCAUCAAUGCUUGUGCGGUGUCCAUCACGUUCCCAACAAAACACCUGGGAACGUACCAGGAGUUUCAAGACAUAAUGUCACAGGCAAUAAACAACAGCAAGGAAUUUGGUCGACACUAGGUUGUAAUGUUGUUAGUAAUUUAGAUGUGUAGUAGCAAAACCUGAAACAAGUAACAAAGGUUCUAAGAUUGUUAUGACAGCAUUUACCAUUUGAUGAUUUUGUGUGUUUACCAUUUAAUAAUUAAUUAAUUUACUAUUUCACAAAGUAUCUUUAAC